GUGAUCCAAUUUUAAUCAAUAGGUUUACAUUUCUGAUGUUGUUAAUGUUUCUUUAAUAUGUCCUACUCAAAUCAAUCACAGACAAACAUCACUGUUGAACUGCAGUAUCAGGGGUUUCUGGAAAUAGUGUUCUUUACCAUUCUGACUACAGUGACAUGUUGUGUGUUUCUCUUCAUUAAUGUGACCUUGUUAUUCACCUUGAGGAGUAAACCAGUGUUUUGUGAGACCUCUCGUUACAUUCUGCUGUUUAACCUCCUUCUUGCAGACACAGUCCAGAUGGCAGAGGGUCAGUUAAUGUACAUAAUCGCUGCUUGUAAAAUAACAAUGACAUAUCCUUUGUGUGGCUUUCUCAACAUGCUUGGUUAUCUCACAAAUGAAAUCUCUCCUCUCACACUGGUGGUGAUGUGUCUGGAGAGAUUUGUAGCUGUGUGUUACCCACUGAGGCACGCUGCCAUCAUCACCGUCAGAAACACAGGGGUGGCUGUUUGUGUUGUUUGGGCCUUCAGUUCACUCAGUGUUUUUAUCCAAGUUCUUCUAAUGUUAAAAUUUCCAUUUGCAGAGCUGGAGAGUCUGCAGAUGAAUGAUUUUUGUGGCAAAGACCAUAUGAUGCUUGAUCCAGUAGCUGCUGAUUUUGAGAAAGUCUACACUUGUUUUCUGUUUGUAUUAGCUGGUGUAGUAACCAUUUCCUCCUAUAUUGGUGUGAUGAUAGCAGCCAGGUCGGCCUCCACAGACAAAGCUUCAGCCCGUAAGGCUCGUAACACACUGCUGCUGCAUCUGGUGCAGCUGGGCCUCAGUCUCUCCUCAACUCUAUACAAUCCAUUGCUUAUCGUUAUCUUUGAAAACCUCGACAGGCUCAUGUUUUUGCGCAUCCAGAAUAUUAUUUACAUUUGUACAAUCAUGUUUCCCAGAUGUCUGAGUGCUCUCAUCUAUGGUCUCAGAGACCAGACCAUCAGACCCGUCCUCAUGUACAAUCUCUGCUGUCAGAGAUUCUCACCUUUGCUCUCAGUCUUCCAAACCAAAGCUAAAAUCAGCAAACUUGUCACUUAA